CAUCUUUGACAUGCAACAGAUGACGGACUUUGCAAGGUCAGAGGAAGUAUGCCGUUAAGCAAGGCCAAUUUAUCUGGGACACCUUCAUUUUAAUAGUGAAAAGAGCACCUGAGACAUGAAUUGAACCGCCAACCUACAUUUCAUUCAAUUUAUUUCCAGACCCAGUGCAUAACAUUACUUCAAUUUUGAGGGCAGCAACGUCUCAGGAGCCUCCAAAAUGUCUCGUCUGUUUGGUAUGUACGGUAGAGUGUGCGCUUCUCGCCCCUGGGAGGUUAUUGUAGCGGUCAUAACGUUAACGGCAUGCUUUUUAACCAUGGAGAAAUCUCAGAAACCUGUUCCGAUUACCACGACUUCGACAUGCCUUGGAUGCAAAGAAGACCACUUUCAUGCUGCCGAUGUUGUUGUGAUGACCAUAAUCCGAUGCCUAGCUAUACUUUACAGCUACCACCAGUUUAGAAACCUUCAGAAUCUAGGCUCGAAAUACAUCCUCGGAAUAGCCGGUUUGUUUGUUGUGUUCUCUAGCUUUGUUUUCACUUCUGCGGUGCUCAAUAUCUUGCAGAUAGAACUAGUGGAUCUCAAAGACGCAUUAUUCUUCUUCCUGUUGCUAAUAGAUUUAUCUAAAGCUGCCAAAUUAGCUCAGUUCGCUCUAAUAUCGUCGAGUGAGGAUGAGAUUGCAUCAUGUAUCGCAAAAGGGGUAUCUAUUUUAGGUCCCACCAUCACCUUAGAUACUGUUGUGGAAACACUUGUGAUAGGUGUGGGGACGUUAUCUGGAGUUCAUAGACUUGAGAUCUUAUCAUAUUUUGCUUGUUUGUCUGUGAUAGUAAAUUAUAUAAUUUUUAUGACAUUUUACCCUGCGUGCUUGUCGUUAAUGAUGGAGCUAGGCAAGGUAUCAAAUUUCUAUGGAGAGGAAAAAGCUGGUGUCACUAAAAUGUUAUUGGAAGAAACCGAAAAAUCUAACCCAGCAGUCCAGAGAGUGAAACUGAUAAUGUCGAUAGGGCUUAUGGCAGUUCAUAUUCACAGCAGAUGGUCUGUUACGAGCGGUAACCCUCAAGACGGCUUAAACAAAAAUCAAACGGAAACAGUAGAUUGCAGGGAGGAUACUUCAUUUUAUGGAUAUCUUAUGAAACAGUUCGCCUUAAGUGCAGAUCACAUAGUCAUCCUUAUCCUGUUGAUAACGCUUAUGAUCAAGUUUAUAUUCUUUGAAAGCAAAGAUCCUUUAAGAGAACACAUCGAGCCGGAAACUAUAAGGGACAUAAAAAGGGGCAUACAAAGGCAAAAACGUACAAUUUCAUCCAGUGUAGAAGUCCAGACAGAUGUAGAGUACAACCGUUUUAUUGAGGCAGAAUACUCGGACGAACAGGUUAGUGAUGCACCAAGGAGUCUACCGGAUUGUUUGAAGAUAUACAGAGCAGAUGAAACGUCAGAAUUAACAGAUGAUGAAAUCAUUAUGCUCAUCGACACCAAACAUAUACCUGCAUAUAACUUGGAAAAGGCAGUGAAAAACCCCGAGAGAGGUGUGAAAAUAAGAAGAAAGAUUUUGGAAAAUAAUCUUAAGAAGAGAGAAUCUCUGAUUAAUCUACCGUAUAGAAAUUAUGAUUAUAGCAAAGUAUUAGGAGCAUGUUGUGAAAAUGUUAUAGGGUAUAUUCCAGUUCCUAUUGGAGUCGCUGGACCACUGCUGGUAGAUGAUAAAAAGUACUAUAUUCCUAUGGCAACAACUGAAGGAUGUCUCAUAGCUAGUACAAAUAGAGGUUGUCGUGCAAUUGAGAAGAGUGGUGUUAAAAGUAGGCUCAUCUCGGAUGGAAUGACAAGAGCGCCCGUGGUUAGAUUUCCUUCAAUUGUAAAAGCCAGUGAUGCAGUUACGUGGAUCAAAGAUACUGACAAUUUUGCUGCUCUGAAACUGUCGUUUGAUUCCACCAGUAGGUUUGCUAAGCUGCAGAAGAUCACCACACACAUUGCUGGAAGAUAUCUGUUCAUAAGGUAUAGAGUUCAGUUUUAUAAUUUCGAAUCUAGUUUUGCAACAAGCGCUUUAAAUAAUAUUGACAGAUGAAGGUACUGAUUAAUAUGUACGUCUAGGUUCGUAGCAGAAACAGGAGACGCAAUGGGCAUGAACAUGAUAUCGAAAGGAACCGAAUGUUGCUUGCACGCUCUCCAACGGCAUUUUCCAGAAAUGGAAAUCCUCAGUUUGAGUGGCAACGUUUGUACUGACAAAAAACCAUCCGCCAUAAAUUGGUUGCAGAAUAGAGGCAAAAGUGUAGUUUGCGAAUGUAUUAUAAGCUCGGAAGUGGUUGCAUCGGUGCUUAAAACGACCACUAAAGCCCUGAUUGAUCUCAAUAUUUCUAAGAAUAUGGUUGGGUCUGCAAUAGCUGGAAGCAUAGGUGGUUUCAAUGCACACGCGGCGAAUAUAGUGACGGCCAUCUUCAUCGCCACAGGUCAAGACGCAGCCCAAAACAUAUCAAGUAGCAAUUGUAUGACUAUCAUGGAACCAUGGGGUCAAAAUGGGGAAGAUCUGUACGUCUCAUGCACUAUGCCGUCUAUAGAAAUUGGAACGAUUGGUGGAGGCACGAUCCUGCCGGCGCAGUCCGCCUGCCUGGACAUGCUAGGCGUCCGAGGCCCCCACGAAGACAUUCCCGGUGCGAACGCCAAGCAGUUGGCGCGUAUCGUAUGCGCGUCAGUGGUCGCGGGAGAAAUUUCUUUAAUGGCGGCGUUGGCCAGCGGCCAUCUGGUCAAGAGCCAUCUCAAAUACAACAGAUCGUACUCGGGCAAAAGCGCGUUGGGUCUCGGCCUGAGUUGCGGUAGCGUCGGCAGCUGUGACAGGUAACUGUCGGCCGGCGACAGCGGAGGCACGUACAGGAUUCAUCGAUAAAAUUCAGUUAGGUGGUGUAGCAUGCUGUCAAGGUAAAUGUCAACGAUCCGCAGUCGUAAAACAUGGCCAAAAGCGGGAAGAUUUGCCUAACUUUCAACAAAAAACUUCAUAUGGGUUCGAGGAAUGCGCUCGAAUUCGAGUUUUACGUUUUUCAGGCUGCUGAUACCGAAUUUGACAUCGUUUUUGCGUAAAGUUUGAUAUCAGUUUAAAACAAUGGCGGAUUCAAUAUUGCGGACAUGUUUGCAUGGAUCAGUUUAAAAUGCCGGAUGCAGUAUGUACGUUUUUGCUGUCGCCGAUAACGAAUUUUAUACAGAUUAUAUAUAUACGUAUAUAUAUAUAGUUAGGUGAAAAAUUAAAGCUUCCGCCUUUUGUUGGGUACUUCGACAAAAUUUAAGCAAAGAGGACUCUUUAUACUUUUUUUUAAUUCUCUCUAGCUUUCAAUGGACUUUGCCAUCAUCAUCAGGAGAGUAGUAUGUGAGGAUGUUGCUAAUUGUUGUUUUCGUAUAGGAUGAGGGAAACGUCCAGUAACAUGGUGAG